CAAAUGUUGCAGGCUCUGCAGGCAGUGAUAGUAUACGGCAUGUUAUGCGCGCAGUGCGCCGAGUCCGUACCUGAUGAUUCGACGUGGAUGGUUGACACGAUUGAAACGUCGACAGCCUUUCCCUCUCGCGCAGCCAAUGGGUCUUUAUUGAAAGCCUACGGAGGAUCGGCUGUCUUCUCUAUCUGUUCGACCUCCUCUUCAUAACAGACACCCAGACACCCUCCACCGGCGACUGCCCCGAGUUCUUCGACAUGCCGCUCCCUUGUCCUCGUGAAUUAUGGGAGCCUGUUUCCAACACAGAAUGGGAGAAGCGAUAUCAUGAACACAUCGAACAGAGAAAGGGUAAACAGGGGUUAACCUUGAGGAUACUGGUCUUACUUCAACAGUCCCCUAUACAUGAUGAUAUCACUGCCCUGGAUGCUGAACUCUCUAGAUGGUGUAAAGGGGUAGAUGAUCUCUCAAUGCUGCUGUGGAUGGGUCUGGGUAUUAAAUGUGAGGGAAUUUAAUGUAUGAGCCUACUAAAAUACUUUAAAGAUAAUAUUUAGACAUGAAGAUAGACAUCCAACUAUGAAUUAUAUAU